GUUAAAAAUGGUUCAUACACUAGAGUGAAAGCUCAUUUGCUAGGUGAACAAGGGAAAGGGAUUCAAACUUGUAAUAAAGUGAAAAUUGAUGACCUUGCUAAACUAAGAUCGCUUCAUCGUGAAUCCGAGGAUUAUAAAAAAUCUUUGUUACCAAAAGUUCCACCUUUUUCAAAUGAACCCAUAUCUUCUCACACAUCAACUGAAGCUACAUCAAUGAGACUAGGUUCAUUUGAUAAUGUAAAGAAGAGGAAAUCAAAAAAUACAAUUUCUGAUGCUUUUAAUGUGAAAUCUCGUGACCACUUGGAUUCUGAAAUUGCUAGAAUGUUUUACACAGGGGGGUUGCCUUUUAAUCUUGCUAGAAACCCUUACUAUGUUAGUUCAUAUACAAUGGCUGCCAAUUCUAAUCUCUCUGGUUAUAAGCCUCCCGGAUACAACAAACUUAGAACAACUUUGCUUUGUAAAGAGACAGAAAAUGUGGAUAGGUUAUUACAACCUAUGAAAGCCACAUGGAAAACAAAAGGUGUUAGCAUUGUUAGUGAUGGGUGGAGUGAUCCACAAAGAAGGCCUUUGAUUAACAUUAUGAUUGCUUCUGAAACGGGUCCUAUGUUUAUGAAAGCUAUUGAUUGCUCGGGUGAGAUUAAGGACAAAGAUUUCAUUGCUACCUUACUAAGUGAGGUGAUUGAUGAAAUUGGAGAUCAAAAUGUUGUUCAAAUAAUCACAGAUAAUGCAAGUAAUUGUAAGGCUGCAGGGGAAUUGGUUGAGGGUAGGUAUCCUCAUAUAUAUUGGACACCAUGUGUUGUUCAUACACUUAAUCUUGCAAUGAAAAGCAUCUGUGCAGCUAAGAAUGUGUUGAAUAAUGUUGAAGUAUAUGAUGAAUGUCAUUGGAUAACGGAAGUUCAUGCAGAUGCCUUGUUCAUUAAAAAUUACAUAAUGAAUCAUUCGAUGAGGCUUUCAAUGUUCAAUAAGUUUUCGCCAUUAAAACUACUUUGCAUUGCCGACACUCGUUUUGCUUCAAUUGUGUGCAUGCUUAAAAGGUUGAAACUCCUUAAAACAUCACUUCAAUCAAUGGUUAUUAGUGAGAAUUGGUCCUUAUACAAGGAUGAUCGACGCGGGCAAGCCUCACAUGUAAGGGAAAAGAUUUUGGAUGAAAUAUGGUGGGAAAAAGUUGAUUACAUUCUUGAUUUUACACGCCCAAUCUAUGAGAUGAUUAGGGUUUGUGACACCGACAAAUCUUCCUUGCAUUUGGUUUAUGAAAGAUGGGACAUUAUGGUUCAAAAGGUGAAAGAUGCCAUCUACAAGAAAGAGGGUAAACUAGAUUAUGAACAAUCUACCUUCUUUAAUGUAGUUAAAGGGAUUCUUAGUAGUCGUUGGAGUAAGGGUAGUACUCCACUUCAUUCAUUAGCACAUUCUUUGAAUCCAAGAUUUUACACGGAAGAAUGGCUUAAUGAGGUCCCGGGACGAGUUGCUCCAAAUGCCGACAAUGAAAUUUCCACACAAAGAUUACAAUGCUUUCGAAGGCUUUUCCAAAGUCCCGAUGAAAGAUUCAAGAUCAACACGGAAUUUGCAAUAUUCUCACAAAAAUCAGAGGGGAUCUUUCUCAACAUUGAUUGCAUGCAUGAUAUGGCUUUGAUGGAUGCUAAAAAUUGGUGGGCAACUUAUGGUUCCCAAGUGCCUAUGCUUCAAGGUUUGGCUUAUAAGCUAUUAGGUCAACCUUCUUCCUCUUCUUGUAGUGAAAGGAAUUGGAGCACCUAUAAGUUUAUUCAUUCUUGCACUAGAAAUAAGCUUACUCCUAAACGUGCUCAAGACUUGGUAUACAUUCAUAACAACCUUCGAUUACUUUCUAGGAGAAGUGAAGAAUACACUAAGGGGAGAUCUAAGUUGUGGGAUGUGGGUGGAGAUGAGCAUGACAACCUAGGAGAGGUUGGUAUUCUAGAGAUGGCCGAGCUCUCACUUGAUGAACCCGAGAUGGAGAAUAUGAUUUUUGAUGAUGUACUUGGUGAUGGUGAAGAAUGAAACUAUUAGUACUUUUGUUUAUUUUAUUUAUGAUUUGUAAAACUAUUAUUAAGACAUGUAUUUGGUUUGAUGGUUUCUUGAUAUGUAUGAGACUACGUUCGUACACUUUGUUUAUUUACUUGUUUUAACAAAAUUGUGUGUUUUGAGGCUAAUUAUUUAGUGUUUUAUUGAAUAGGUUGUCAAAUUCUCGUUUUUUUGAUAUAUUAUAUGCCUUGUUAUAUGCCGUACCCGUGUCCCCUAUUUCAGGAUUGCCGUUUUCCCGUGUCCGUAUCGUGUCCGUGUCCGUGUCCGUGUCGGUAUCCGUGCAA